CAAUACCUGUGAUUGAGUGUCCUAGAGACAUGCACCUGUAUGCACCGGCGCUGGAGACGGAAUGUACCGUAUCCUGGACAGAGCCUGUAGCGUAUGAUGCUAGAGAUCCUGAUGUUUCGACCAGACGGGAUCCUGAGUGGCUGAAACCAGGUGAAACAUUGAAAGCCAGCGAAUGGCCAUACAGCGUUAGAUAUUCUGCGACCGACGCUUCUGGUAACUUCAACUCCUGUUCCUUUCUCAUCACUGUAAGCGUCAUACGGUGCCCACAUCCGACACAGCAACAGCACAUAGGUCGUCUGGUAGAACAAGGAAUAAUGUUAGUUAAGUUCUACCCUGACACAAACGAUUACAACGUACUUCUUGGAACGACUUUCGUAGCGACAUGUGCUUAUGGAUAUUCCUUAAGUGACGAAUCAGCACAAAAUAUGAGGACAUGCACUGCUUCUGGGGCAUGGGAUGGCGCAGACGUUACCUGUAUAAAAGUACAAUGCGAACCACUAAGGCCGCCAUUCCGAGGGAGAGUUUCCUGUACCGACGAAUACAACUUCCUCAGUGAGUGCACCUACAGCUGCGACGAAGGGUUUGACAUACCGAGUGGGAUGAACCGAGUACGAGUGUGCACUGCCGCUGCAGAAUGGACGGGCAAUCAGCCACAGUGCAAAGAUAUCAUGAGGCCAAAAAUCAUUGACUGCCCAGGGCCUCUCAUCAUUGAGUAUCUAGAUAUGAACGAGCAGGAUGUAUCUGUAGUUUGGGAUGAGCCGACAGUAGUGGACAACGCAGACUUCAGCAUCACGGCAAAACUAUCAAUGGGGCAACCACCAGGGUCAUCGUUCACUGUUGGGUCCCAUUCAGUCCUCUAUACGGCAACAGACAGAGCAGGCAAUGAGGCAACUCCUUGUGAACUCACGGUGUCAGUUAGAGCAAUCACCUGUCCAGUCAUACACAAGAAGCCGUACCAACUUGUGUCAUGUCCUGGCGGCAACUCGUACGGUUCACGUUGCGAGUUCUCGUGUGAGGAUGGGGCCCAGCUCAUCGGUACGAACUUCUCGUACUGUAUCAAGGAAGGGGACCCUCCGGUUGGCUACUGGGAUUGGGAGCAAUUGGAGGGCAGCCAGCCUAAGUGUGAAGGACAUCCAUGCCGACCUCUCAGAGUACCACAGAAUGGAGCGUUGGCUUGUGAUACAUGGCUUUACGGUAAACACUGCACAAUGCUCUGCAAUGACCAAUAUGACAUCCCACCAGAUCGAGAUGAGCCAGUAAGAAACUCUCUCUGGGUUUGCGGAAGCUCGGGAAACUGGGACUACCCGGACCCACCACACUGCUCAGAAGAUAAACGUCCGAAUAGCAUCACACUACCCUCCGAACUUCAAUACUUCAUUGGAGACUGUGGGACUGCUGACACACAGGAACAAAUCAGACUAAACUUUGUCCAGAUAUUUUUAGAGUCGGCAUUUGGCUUUAUUUGUGUUAACCUAAACUGCGCAGUAGAUGAUGUUAACGUUAUCUGUGGUGAGACCACUGGACGAAAAAUUGCAGAUGCACCAGUAAACUCAUCUGAACCAUUUGUACUAACAAUUAAGUUUGACUUUGCAUUGCCGAUUUCUGGUGACAUUUCUGUGUACGAGGGUGAACAGGUACUAUAUUCGUUAGCGGAGGAAACAGUCAGACUUGCCUCUUCAGGAAAUUGGACAUUGAAGAAUCUUACAGGGUCAGAUGACUUUCUGAACAUGAAAUCCUUCAAACCUGGGCUGAGUGAAAUUCAGUGCCCAGUCGGCAUGGAGCCUCGUUACAACACGCUUUCUUGCGUUGGGUGUUCUGUGGGGACUUUUUACAACAGCACAGCCAAGCAAUGCCAAACGUGUCCAAUCGGCAGCUACCAAGACGAAAGCUCUCAGCAUAGCUGUAAGAGAUGUCCUUACGGACAAAGCACCGUGAGCGAAGGAGCAAGCAAUAGCACCGAUUGCAAGCAUGAAUGUAAACCAGGGACAUUUUCAUCAAAUGGCGUCCAGCCCUGUACUCCCUGUAACAGUGGUGAAUAUCAACCAACGCGUGGUCAGUUGUCCUGCAUUUCCUGCCAACCAGCUACUACGACAUUGCUCGAAGGAGCGGUCAACGCGUCAGCUUGUGAGAAUUUUGAUUUCCAGUUUCCAUCGCAAAAUCAAAAUUAUUCAAGUUAUGUUCGCUAUGGUGAUAUGGAGUUCAAAAACUCCAGCGGCAUCACUGUAUCUUUCUGGCUUUGGUUUGAUAAAAACUGUGACCGAAAUGCAUCGAUUUUCUACUACCAUUGCGUUGACACCGCUUCUGAUGGUGUGGGUAAUGCAUCUGCCCUGUACCCCUGUCUGUACAUGAAAUCACCGCACAGUCCACUCUUCGGACUAAGAAGAGAUAACGACACUGUAGAGAUUCAGACAGGAACUACUUUGCGCCAUGAGACCUGGCACCAUGUUGGAGUCGUAUACAGAACCACGAACAACACGUACACGAUUACUGUUGACGGGUCCGUUGUCACCGAAGGCAGUUUUACGCAACGGCAACAACAUCUUCAAGAAACUAUCAAUCAGCGUGGGUCAUUAUGGCUCGGAUAUCACAUUGCUGAUGGAGAACAAAAUGGAAUGGAACCAUUUGCCGGCUUCAUCAGCAACGUGAACAUCUGGAGUCAUGCCAAGAACGAGUCAGACCUUCUGGACAUGGCAAGAACGUGCGUCAACAAGGAUGCUGGAGAUGUGCUUAGCUGGUCUCAACUUGGCACAGCUGAACAAAGAAAAGUGUCGCUCCAAAUCCCAAGUUUGUGCGACGACACCGACGAGUGUGCAUCAGCACCUUGUGGUGACAACCGGUGUGUAGAUCAACUCAGAGACUACAGUUGCAUCUGCAAGGCUGGUUUCACAGGGCAAAACUGCGAAAUUAACAUCGAUGACUGUGAAGACAACGUGUGCCAGAACAACGCUACCUGCCUGGAUGGUGUAGGAAACUACACGUGUCUGUGCUCAGAGGGGUUUGUUGGGGACUUUUGUGGAGUGGAAUCAGUUGAUGGCAAUUGGACACCAUGGAGUCAAUGGAGCAGCUGCAGUGCUUCUUGUGGCGGAGGGAAUCACAGCAGGACCAGGGAAUGCAUCAAUCCUCGACCUAUGCAUGGGGGAAGCAACUGCACAGGGCCAUCUUUUGAAAUAGGAGCCUGUAAUACAGAAAAGUGCCCAGUUUGCAAAAAUCUUACUGACCCUGUCAACGGAAUUGCAACCUGCAACUAUACUGACGACGAGAUUCACUGCACCAUCUCCUGUAAACCUGGGUUCGAGUUCUAUGAUCAGCCAGUUCUUCACUACUAUUGUGGACAAUCGACAUCCUAUCUAUGGAACCACGAGUCACCACGGAACCCUCUGGGAAGGUAUCCACCAUGUUCAGAAGCCACCCAACCAAAGGCAUUGGAUAUGAAACAUGUAAUGACCUACUCGAAUUUGUCUUGCAAUACAAAAGAAAUUGCACGUUUGGCAAAAGCAGAGGUGAACAAAACGAUUCAGAUCAAUGUGGAAAAAAUCGAAUGCAUUAAGCAUAAGUCAUGCUACGUCAGGUCAACCACUGUCGAAAACUGUUUAGGCAUGAUUGGCGAAAGCCAUGCAGUAACGGUUACUCUUGAGCUUUCAAGCAUUUCUGUGGCUGACAUGGGGACAAACAACACCAGUGAGAGCCACUCAGCUGAGAAAGGGCUAACGAAGUCAAUUAUGAACAUGGAGUCAGCUGCCAAACAGCUCAAAAACAUGACUCUCAAUGACGCUUUCACUGUGUUUAUUGAUAAUGAGCCGUAUCCCGUGGACAACAAUGCCACAAAGACUUCUGGAGCGCCUGACUGUGCUAUAGGCGAGGUUGCGGUUAUGUUUUACUGCGUCCCUUGCCCUGUCGGGACCAGUUUCGAUAACGGGAAGUGCGUGAAGUGUGAUAUUGGCACCUACCAAAACGAGACUGGGCAAGUGAACUGCAUAGCCUGCCCAACUGGUCUAACCACCGAAGGAUUUGGAGCAUUUGACAAAGAAGAUUGUAGAGUGACAGAAACAGCAGCUGUCACCACUGAUCAACCUAUCACCCAUGCAUAUGCUCACGCACCAGGUAAUGUAUCAUGUGUAUGGUAA